AUGACUAAGAAUCGGGCACAGCCCACUCGCUACCGACCUGGCAAAGCCGAAGUUGAAGAUCCCGAAUCAGAGGACGAAUCAUCCGAGCAAGAAGAGGAAGACGAUGCGCCCACGAAAGCCCCGCCGCCAAAAGCCUCUUCCUUUCCGUCGCAGAAGAAGCUGGGCGUCGAUUUGAGCAAGGCUGGACAACAAAUAUCCAAAGCGCCGAAGCCGCCGGAACAAGAUCUAGAAGGCUUUGUGACCGCAUCGGAAUCGUCUUCGGAAGACGGAGAUGACGAUGAAGAUGGAAGCAGCGAAGAAGAGUCUGGGUCUUCAGAGGAGGAGGAAAGCAGCUCUGAUGAUGAACCCAAGAAGCCCAUGCUGGCGCCCAAAUUCAUCUCAAAAGCCAAGCGAGCACAGCAAUCUGCUGCCGCCGACAAGGGCCCAUCCGCGGAAGAAAAGGCCGCUGAAGACGAACGCGUGAGGAGGGAGAAGGCCGACGCUCUACUACAAGCUCAACUGGAACGAGACGCCGCAGCACGAGCGGCGGGCAAGAAGUAUUGGGACGACGACGACAUUGCUCCCGAAGACGAAGUCGACGACACAGAUGGCUUGGAUCCCGAGGCCGAGCUAGCGGCGUGGAAGCUGCGGGAGCUUAAGCGCGUGCGCCGAGACAGACUAGCCAUCGAGGAGAAAGAAAAGGAGCGAGAGGAGAUUGAGCGCAGACGAAACAUGACGGCCGAGGAGCGCGAGGCGGAAGACCAGGCCUUCAUCGAGGCGCAGAAGGAGGAGCGCGAGGGGCAGGGCAAGAUGGCGUACAUGCAAAAGUACUUUCACAAGGGCGCUUUCUUCGGCGAUGCUGGCGAAGAGGACGAAGAAGUCAAGAACGUGCUCAACCGCAAUUUCGCCGGCGUCAAGUUCGAAGAUGAAACGGGGGAUAAGGCGGUGCUGCCGGAGUACAUGCGCAUCCGGGACAUGACGCGCUUGGGCAAGAAGGGACGGACCAAGUACCGGGAUCUCCAGUCGGAAGAUACGGGGCGAUGGGGGCAGGAUGUGGGCAGGAAGAAGAGGGAUUUGGAUGGGGUGGAUGAACGCUUCCGGCCGGAUGAUGAGAGGCGUUCGGAGCGGACGGGGGCUAAUGCCGCGCCUGUGCGUGAGAGAGAGCGAGGGGACAAGAGGGCGAGGUAUGAAUGA